CGUCUGUUUAGCUACGGUAUGGGUGAAAGACUUGCACGGGGAGGGAAGAGGACGUUGUAGACGUGAGGGAUCGAUUAGAAGACUGGGUGCUUAUCUUAAAGUCAUUAAAUAUUGUUGUCAGGUGGCACAGAGCAUUUGAACACCGAAACCAUCCACAAAGCCAAACUAUCCCGCUGAAUUCGGAAACGUUUCUAUAACGGUGACCGAUUAUUUGAUCCGAUACAGGAUGUCUGGACAGAGCAUUACAGACAGGAUAACCGCCGCACAGCACAGUGUCACCGGUUCGGCGAUUUCCAAAACUGUUUGCAAGGCAACCACGCAUGAAAUAAUGGGGCCAAAAAAGAAACAUUUGGAUUACUUGAUUCAGUGCACAAAUGAGAUGAAUGUGAACAUCCCUCAGCUGGCUGACACACUGUUUGAGAGGACCACUAACACCAGCUGGGUGGUUGUCUUCAAGUCCCUCACCACCACACACCAUCUGAUGGUCUAUGGCAAUGAGAGGUUUAUACAGUAUCUGGCCUCAAGGAACACACUAUUCAACCUCAGCAAUUUUUUGGAUAAAAGUGGCCUACAAGGCUAUGAUAUGUCAACCUUCAUAAGGAGGUAUAGCCGCUACCUGAAUGAGAAGGCUGUGUCCUACAGACAGGUCGCUUUUGACUUCACUAAAGUAAAAAGGGGGUCUGAUGGAUUGAUGAGAACCAUGAACACAGAGAAACUCCUCAAGACCAUCCCUAUCAUCCAAAAUCAAAUGGAUGUGUUACUUGAUUUCAAUGUCAAUGCCAAUGAACUGACAAAUGGUGUGAUCAACGCAGCCUUCAUGCUUCUGUUCAAAGAUGCAAUCCGACUGUUUGCAGCCUACAAUGAGGGCAUAAUCAACCUCCUGGAGAAAUACUUUGACAUGAAGAAAGUCCAGUGCAAAGAUGGACUUGACAUUUACAAGAAAUUCCUUACACGAAUGACAAGAAUCUCAGAGUUCCUUAAAGUUGCAGAGCAAGUGGGCAUUGAUCGAGGGGACAUCCCAGAUCUGUCUCAGGCCCCCAGCAGCUUGCUGGAUGCCCUGGAACAGCACUUGGCCUCUUUAGAGGGAAAGAAAGUCAAAGACUCAACAGCAGCCAGCAGGGCUAGCACCCUCUCCAAUGCUGUCUCCUCCCUGGCCAACACCGGCAUAUCUUUCACCAAAGUGGAUGAGAGGGAAAAACAGGCAGCCCUGGAGGAAGAGCAGGCUCGCCUAAAAGCACUAAAAGAGCAGCGUCUGAAAGAGCUCCAGAAGAAUCCUGCUACAGCCACCACAGACUCCUCCCCAGUCUCCACAGUGGACGGAACCAUUAAUUCAGCCCCUGCCAUUGACCUCUUCUCCACCCCCAGCUCCACCAACAGCACGUCCAUGGCAGCCAAUGAUCUUCUGGACCUGCAGCCAGCUUUCCGGCAGUCGCUGACUCUUUCCACCACCAACACAUGGGGAGAUCAGUACACUACCUUUUUUGACUCAGGCUCUUCCCUGGCAUCUGAUCUUGAUACUGCUGCGCAGAUAGAGACAUUUAUCAAAGACUCCUUCUGUGGGCCAAGCCCUUACACCACUCUCUUCCAAUCUGAGCCCACUGCUGUAGCUGGUCUAUUCAGAGGGUUUACAGCCUCCCCAACACCACAGCAGCCACAGAACUCUCGAGGCCUUAAUGCUGACUUUGACUCAGUAUUUGGCAACAACACCUAUGCCAACAACCUGGAUUCUACAGAUGUUUUAGGUGGCAUCCUCAAACCCACAGUGGCAUCUUCACCCAAUCAAGCCCAACAACCCAACAAGCUGGUGUCCAAUGACCUGGACUCCUCACUAGCUAAUCUCGUCGGCAAUCUGGGAAUUGGCAAUGGCACAGCAAAAAAUGAUCUUCACUGGAGUCAGCCUGGUGAGAAGAAACUGACAGGUGGAACCAGCUGGCAACCCAAGACAGCCCCUUCUACCACCUGGAACCCAGCAACCAUGGCGCCAUCUGUCAUGGCCUUCCCUGCAACCACACCGACAGGCAUGAUGGCAUAUGCAAUACCUCCCCACAUGGGCUCCAUGAUGAUGACACAGCCCACUAUGAUGUACACCCAGCCUGUGAUGAGGCCAGCCAAUCCCUUCGGCUCCAAUCCAGGUGCACAGAUGCAGUUUAUGUAACCUGGGGGGGGGAGUCUUUCCCAUCUGAAGAUGAUUUACAACAAAGUCAACUAUCCGAGCAAACCUGUGGUUUGCUUCUAUUGACCUCACCUCUCUCUGAGAAUGAAAGGCCCAAAUAAGACUUUGAAUAAAAUAAUGGUGACUCGGAGCAUCACAGUGGACAUUGUGCCCAUCUAGUCAUUUCUAAGUCUUAGGAGAAGAGUGCGUGCUGCCAUUCAAAUCAUGUGGACAGGGAACAGCCCCUACUGUAUCCUGGACUAAGAGAAACACAACACCCAAAGGGAGAGCUUUCUGACAUCACUUUUUAUGUAUACCUACAUGUGUAUGUAAAAGCAAAAUUGGGUUGUUGUCUCAUACACAAAUUGAGUUUUCUUUUUGUUUUUUGUUUUUUUGUUUGGUUUUUUUUGUUCUUUUUUUGUUGUUUUUUGGUGUCGCUUUCUCCAGGUGAGGCUGGGAGAGUCACCUCUUUUGAUUAUCAAUCAUGAUUACCUUCUUAAAGCAUCCUCAAAUUUGGAAAACAAAUGCAAACUCCUGUUUAUACUACACAUUUUUGUUUUCUUUCUUUUUUAUGUAUUGUUUGCAGUAGACAUUCCUUGUGUACUGUUUGUAUUUAUUUAUGAUUACCUAUAGAGAGGACGACAUUAUUAAACAAAUUGGUCACUGAAUUCCUCCAUGUGGAAGGUUUUCAGGUUUAUACAUAGGUAUGAUUGAUUGUAGAAUUGGAUUUUGAGUGAUUGAGAUUAUUUAAAAAAAAAAAAGGAG